AUGGGCACUCACUCUCCAGGGGCACCAGCGUGGUCAUUGCUGAGCCUUUUUGGUGCAUGCGCGGUCAUCCCGUCCGCCUCCACGACAUGUUUGCUCGAUGGCAUUCCUGCGACCAACCGGAGCUACAUCCAGCAAGAUGCGAUUAGCCGAGCAGUGUCGGGCAUGGAUGAAAGCCCAAUCCGCAUUCGGGUGUUCGAUUGGGCUUCCGCCGAGUUGACGUCCAUCAUGGCCAACAUCUUCAUCCAGGAAGUGCUGGGGUAUCAUGCAGUGAUCCUUCCCGACAAGUUGCCGGGCGCCUUAAGUGCGAUUCCUGACUUAGCCGGUUGUACCGAUGAGGACUGCACGGGACGGCAGGUGCGCAACCAUGUGGCUAUGGAUGCAUGGGUCUCCGAUAAGAUCCCUGAGAUCACGGCCUUCGAGGUCAAGAACCCUGGCCUGGGCCCUGAAGACCUCGGCUCCAUUGGCUACUCAGGCGAGAACUCGCUCUGCGUGAACGGGGCCGUCCGGGGUGCAGCCUACUCCGAGGCAGGUUUAGCUCUCGAGUUCUACAAGAGCUACAAUGCAUCCAUUCACCAGGUGCACCGGUUCUUUGACCGAGUGUCUGACCUUGAUCCGGGAGAUUUUCUGCCAUGCAACACCACUGACACGACGUUUAGGUCGCAGUCUCAGCUGAAAGCGUACGUGCGGUGGACUGGCGACACGGCAGGCAUUACCAAUGCCUCAGACGGGACAUUGGUUGCCUACUGCCCAGAUGGGCACUUCUGGCUUUCGCCAGCAUGCCGGCAGAAUGUAGACGAGUGUAUCCCGACCAUCGCCACUGGAAAUGGCUGGGCAUUGAACGGGUUCAUGCAGUGGGCGGCUCACUUUAACAUGCCAGUUGCUAUUGGCAUCGCGCCCUGGGGUCGGUAUGUGUCCAUGGCCGCGACCGCACGGACACUGUUCCAUUGCUGGCUUCCGGACGCCACCCAUACUCAGAUCGAUGCUUCCUUGCUGGUUUGGCCACGCCACAGGGCUCGCGAAUGGCAGGAAUACUUGUACCGGACUGCGGAUGGCCAGUUCCGCAUCGUCAAGUUUGUGUCUUCUGACCUCCGCGAGCGCGCGCCGAAGGUGGUGAAAUUCCUGGAGAACUUUGAGCUUGAGCUCGCUGAGGUGCAAGAACUCCUCGCUGAGGUCACCGCCGGGGCCUCAAUGGAGGACGUCGCUUGUCAGUGGAUUCGUUCCAGAAGAACCCAGUGGGAGGGGUGGGUCCCCAUCGAGACGCAAUGCUUGAAAGGCUACGGCAUGCAAAACAGUGCGGGCGAGCACGUCCUCAUCCGAGAAGAGGCUGUGGGAUGCAGCAUAUGCGCUGCCGGCAAGGCUUCGGAGGAGUUUGUGGAUGAGCUUGGGCCAACACAUCGUUGCGUGCCCUGUGCGCCCGGCUUCUCGCAAAGCGCCUUUGGAGAGAGCUUCUGCAGCCCUUGCGAUGUUGGGACCUAUGCAGACAAAGAGCGCCAAGCGUACUGCUUACGAUGUCCCUCGGGACGCUAUGCCAACGUGACGGGAAGCAGUGAAUGCGUGGCAUGCGGUGGGGGUAAUCAAUCAACGACCAGCCGCUUGCUGGCAAGUGACAGACAUCAGAAAUGGAUCGAAGUUGAUGGGGCAACGUCGGAAGAAUUCUGUGGCUGUGUGGAGGGCUGGUAUAUGAGCCGCCAGGGCCAGUGCACGAGCUGCAUGAGUGGCUCCCGCUGUCCUGGGUCAAGUGCAGUGGAAGUGCUUCCGGGUUUUUUCGCAUCAGACUCGGAACCCGGGAAGAUCUUCCGCUGCUUCGGCGACGGAUCGCGCUGCCCAGGUGGCCUGCCGGGAACUUGCGCCGACGGCCGGGACUCGGCCUCUGUCACAUGCUACGACUGCCUUCCUGGCAUGCAGUCCCUGCGUAACGGGACCUGUGGCCCCUGCACAGGCACAUCGUACGUCGUAAUCCUAACAGCAGCUGUUGCCGUCGUGGGCUGCAUUGCGCUCCUGUACCUUUCGCUCAACAUGGAUGUCGACCGUACAACCCAGGCAGCGCAGAUUUCCAUGCUCACGCUGCCGCUGAGCCAGCUCCUCAUAGUUGCUCAGCAGCUGGCGGUGAUCAACAAGUUCGGAAUUGCCUGGGCCUCGCCGGUGGAUCGCAUUCUCAGCUCCUUCGAGUUCAUGGGCCUGAACUUGGAGAUGCUGGCCAUCUCAUGCCUGGCAAGCAUGAGCCCUGUCACCAAGUAUGCCUUGAGGACCUGCGCAGCUCCCAUUCUGGCGCUCCUGGCCUCCAUCGUCCACUGCGUGGCCGUGGCCAUCAGCACAAAGACAAGGAAGAAGAAGGAGGACAGCUGCGACCUGGACAUGAGCCGGCUGCUGCGCACGAUCGGCUCCUUGUUCAAGGCGUUCUUCAUCGCCAUCUUCACGGCGAUGCUGGCACCCUUUGAGUGCAACGAGCACCCGAAUGGGCUCUUCACUGUGCGGGAGUACCACACGGUCUUCUGCAACGUGCAAGGCGAGCACUUGGGGAUGAGUGUGAUCGGGGGCCUCGCUUCCCUGAUGCCCAUCACCUUCCUGGCACUCUGUGUGUGGGUGACCUGGGUGGAGUUGCCCAGACGACUCCUUCGUGCUGACGCGGCUUACUUCCGGGCCUGCGCCUUCCUUUGGUCUCGAUUCCGGCCAGGGGCGGAGCUCUACUCAGUGUUGUAUCUCGCGAGAAAUGGGCUGAUCGCUUUGGUCCCGCUCUUGCCUUCGAAUGCGGCCCAAAUCGUCGCGAUGAACAUGAUUCUCUACUCGAGUUUGGUGGUGGCUGCUCUCAUGCACCCAUGGCGCUUCGCAGCCGGCAAUGCCCUGGACAUCAUACUGCACGUGGGCUUGUUGGUGGUUUUGGACAUGGCUUCGACCUUCGCCGGAAACGAGGCCGACAGAGCCACAUCCAUAGUCAUGUGCAUGUUUUUCCUGCUUAUGAUGGGCCUGGCAGUCGUUGGUGCUGUGGCCUAUGGGGCCAUCCUGCAUGUGGCACGGGGGCACCGGAAGCCAUGGCACUUCUUCCUAUCCCACCAGAAGAGCACCUCAGGGGCCUUUGCACGCCUCUUGAAGAUCCAGCUCUUGAAGAGAAGCUCGAGAUUCAAGACCUUCAUGGACACUGACAACCUGCGUGACCUCACGGAGUUGUUCACCUUUGUGCGAGACACCAACACCUUGGUGUUCUUGGCUACCCCUGGCAUCGAGCGACGGAAAUGGUGCGUGGGUGAGGUCGUCAACGCCAGGAUACAUGGCGUGCGCACCAUCAUGCUACGAUGGCCAGGCUUUCAGGAACCUGACGAGCGCUUCCGGCAGAACCUGACUUUCGCGAUUCCUGGCAUCGAGGUCUUAGCCAGCUAUGGCAUCUCACUACAAGAUGUGUCUGAGACCUUGGCGUGGCUCAGCACGAUCGAGACGAUUCCCAUGCCUCCAACACUGAACCCGGAGAGGAUGGCACGUCUUUGCGACUCGCUGACGCGGACCGUCGCGCCGCGCGUCGAGGAGCCGCUCUUCCCUGACUGCAUCAUUCUCGCGGAUCCCGACAAUCUGGAGGCCGUGGCCACAGGGUACAUCCUGCACGAGAUGCUCUUAUCCUCGGUGAACAAGGAUAUGCGGUGCUCUCUGAUCUGUGUGUUGAAGAAAGGCCAGGGUAUUCCAGGGAGCACAAGGAAGGCGCUCCUGAUUUGCUCCACAGGUUGCCUACUCUCCUUUCAUCUAUCGAGCUGGCUCUUGGAUCUGGCGGAGAUGGAGCGCGUCGUGAUUCCCAUCAUCGCAGAGCCCGGGUUCGUGGUGCCGACCGGCUUCGAAAGUGGGGGGGAGAACGAAGAUGAGCGCACCGUCAGCUACAACGAGGUUGUCCAGGGCAUCUUCAAGGAGAUCGCCACAGUCUUUGCCCCCCAGUCCUACUCCAGCACACAAGAGGAUCUGGAGCUCAGAGCCAAGCAGAUCGCCUUUCGCUUGCAGUCCAAGGGCUCGAAGUUGAGUUCCUUGUGCCUCAAGCGGUGGAUCGGCAAGGGAAGCGAUUCUCCCGCAUCCCCCACAUCCCCCACAUCUCCCACCGAGUCGGAUUUGACACAAGGCGCUGGCUUCAAGAGGGGGCACUCUCGGGGGACAGAAUCGUCCCUGAAUACCGGAGAUGUAACGCUUGAGUUGCCAGAUACGGAAGAUGGAGAUGCUACUGCCAAGCUCGAAGAAGACCUUGUGUCAAUGUGA